AUGUCUUCCAGUGAAAACUCAUCACUUUCAUCAUAUUCAAGUUCUGAUGAUUCAAAUACCAUUGCACUCAAUCAAUGGGAAGAACGAGUUUCUCAACAAAAUCAUCAAAUUUAUACAAUUGUUAAGAAUAUGUUAUCUGACAUUACCAAUCUAACUGCAUGGGUCCAAGCUUCUAGAGUCAGAAAAAGGUAUUGUGAAAGGCAACGCGAGAUUGGUGAUGAGCGUUUGAUCAAUGACUAUUUUGGUCCCAACCCGACGUACGGACCAGAGGAGUUCCUACGCCGAUUUCGCAUGCACAAAUCCGUAUUCCUUCGGAUAGUAGAAGCUGUAACUGCUAACGAUGAGUAUUUUCAGGAGAGACGCGAUGCUGUUGGGAGACAAAGUUUGUCCUCUUUACAGAAGGGUACAUGA